GCCGCCGCAGUUCAUCCCCGGCCGCGUUUCCUCUCUUUUCUUUUUUUUUCUUUUUUUUCUUUUUUUUUUUUUUAAUUCCUUUCCUGGCUCCCUCCUUCCGCGCGAGUCUCUGGAGAAGCCGCAUCGCCUGGCGCUGCUGCCGCCGCCCCGGGCCGGCUCGCCUUGCACUAUGGACUGGCAGCCGGACGAGCAGGGCCUGCAGCAGGUCCUGCAGCUUCUCAAAGACUCGCAGUCGCCCAACACGGCCACGCAGCGCAUCGUCCAGGACAAACUCAAACAACUGAACCAGUUUCCAGACUUCAACAAUUACCUGAUCUUCGUGCUGACCCGACUCAAGUCAGAAGAUGAGCCCACGCGCUCCCUCAGCGGCCUCAUCCUCAAGAACAACGUGAAGGCGCAUUACCAGAGCUUCCCGCCGCCUGUGGCUGACUUCAUCAAGCAGGAGUGUCUCAACAACAUUGGGGACGCAUCCUCCCUUAUCCGUGCCACCAUCGGUAUCCUCAUCACCACCAUCGCCUCCAAGGGGGAGCUGCAGAUGUGGCCAGAGCUACUGCCCCAGCUCUGUAACCUGCUCAACUCCGAGGACUACAACACGUGCGAGGGAGCCUUCGGCGCCCUGCAGAAGAUCUGCGAGGACUCGUCCGAGCUCCUGGACAGCGAUGCCCUCAACCGGCCCCUCAACAUCAUGAUCCCCAAGUUCCUGCAGUUCUUCAAACACUGCAGCCCCAAGAUCCGGUCCCACGCCAUCGCUUGUGUGAACCAGUUCAUCAUGGACCGGGCCCAGGCGCUGAUGGACAACAUUGACACCUUCAUCGAGCACCUGUUCGCCCUGGCCGUGGAUGACGACCCCGAGGUGCGCAAGAAUGUGUGCCGGGCGCUGGUGAUGCUGCUGGAGGUCCGCAUCGACCGGCUCAUUCCCCACAUGCACAGCAUCAUCCAGUACAUGUUGCAGAGGACCCAGGACCACGAUGAGAAUGUGGCGCUGGAGGCCUGUGAGUUCUGGCUGACGCUGGCUGAACAGCCCAUCUGCAAAGAGGUCCUGGCCUCCCACUUGGUCCAGCUGAUCCCCAUCCUGGUGAAUGGCAUGAAGUACUCGGAGAUCGACAUCAUCCUGCUGAAGGGCGACGUGGAGGAGGACGAGGCGGUCCCCGACAGUGAGCAAGACAUAAAACCGCGUUUCCACAAAUCCCGCACGGUCACGCUGCCCCACGAGGCUGAACGCCCUGAUGGCUCCGAGGACGCGGACGAUGACGAUGAUGAUGACGCUUUGUCCGACUGGAACCUGAGGAAGUGCUCAGCGGCUGCCCUGGAUGUCCUGGCCAACGUCUUCCGGGAGGAGCUGCUGCCUCACCUGCUUCCGCUGCUCAAGGGCCUGCUCUUCCACCCCGAGUGGGUGGUCAAGGAGUCGGGCAUCCUGGUGCUGGGCGCUAUUGCGGAGGGCUGCAUGCAGGGCAUGGUCCCCUACCUGCCCGAGCUGAUCCCACACCUCAUCCAGUGCCUGUCCGACAAGAAGGCCCUGGUCCGCUCCAUUGCCUGCUGGACGCUGAGCCGCUACGCCCACUGGGUGGUCAGCCAGCCCCCCGACAUGCACCUCAAGCCCCUCAUGACCGAGUUGCUCAAGCGCAUCCUGGACGGCAAUAAGAGGGUACAGGAGGCAGCCUGCAGUGCUUUUGCCACCCUGGAGGAGGAAGCAUGCACGGAGCUGGUGCCCUACCUCAGCUACAUCCUGGACACCCUGGUCUUCGCCUUCGGCAAGUACCAGCACAAGAACCUGCUCAUCCUCUACGACGCCAUCGGCACCCUGGCUGACUCCGUGGGCCACCACCUCAACCAGCCAGAAUACAUCCAGAAGCUGAUGCCGCCGCUGAUCCAGAAGUGGAACGAGCUCAAGGAUGAGGACAAGGAUCUCUUCCCUCUGCUGGAGUGCUUGUCCUCCGUGGCCACCGCCCUGCAGAGCGGCUUCCUGCCCUACUGCGAGCCUGUCUACCAGCGCUGCGUCACCCUGGUGCAAAAGACGCUGGCCCAAGCCAUGAUGUACACCCAGCACCCGGAGCAGUAUGAAGCCCCCGAUAAGGAUUUCAUGAUCGUGGCGCUGGACCUGCUUAGCGGCCUGGCCGAGGGCCUGGGUGGCCAUGUGGAGCAGCUGGUGGCCCGCAGCAACAUCAUGACGCUGUUGUUCCAGUGCAUGCAGGACUCCAUGCCUGAGGUCCGGCAGAGUUCCUUCGCGCUCCUGGGAGACCUCACCAAAGCUUGCUUCAUCCAUGUGAAGCCCUGCAUCGCUGAAUUUAUGCCCAUCCUGGGCACCAACCUGAACCCUGAAUUCAUCUCUGUGUGCAACAACGCCACCUGGGCCAUUGGAGAGAUUUGCAUGCAGAUGGGGGCAGAGAUGCAGCCGUACGUGCAGAUGGUCCUCAACAACCUGGUGGAAAUCAUAAACCGACCCAACACACCCAAGACGCUUCUUGAAAACACAGGUCGCCUGACGAGUUCCUCUGCCAUUCCAGCCAUCACCAUCGGCCGCCUGGGCUACGUGUGCCCCCAGGAGGUGGCCCCGAUGCUGCAGCAGUUCAUCCGACCCUGGUGCACCUCGCUCAGGAACAUCCGGGACAACGAGGAGAAGGACUCGGCCUUCCGGGGCAUCUGCAUGAUGAUCGGCGUCAACCCGGGGGGCGUCGUGCAGGAUUUUAUUUUCUUCUGUGACGCGGUCGCCUCCUGGGUGAGCCCGAAGGAUGAUCUUCGGGACAUGUUUUAUAAGAUUCUCCAUGGCUUCAAAGACCAGGUCGGGGAGGAGAAUUGGCAGCAGUUCUCAGAGCAGUUCCCACCGCUGCUCAAGGAGAGACUGGCCGCGUUCUAUGGGGUCUAGACAGGCUAGCGGGGGGACUACCAGGUUUCUGUCUGCGUCGUCGUCGGAGGGGUCUCUAGGGAGCACGCUGCGUUCAGAAGUCGCCGUGCCCUGGUCAAGGGGGGUUAGGGAGGAGAGGGCCCCACAUCCAGAUGCGCUCCCCAGCCGUCUCCCUGCCUCGCCUGGCCGGUGCUGGCGGGUAGGUGGAGGGGCCUCCACGCUCAUCCGACAAAAGGGAGGGGGGUGGGACUUCCUGGCCAGGGCCCCGGGCUGUCAUCGGGGUCACCUCGGGCACCCCAUCGGGAGGGUGGGCCCAGCUAAGUGGGAGGGACGCAUUGACAGGCCGAGGGGAACCGGCUGAGGGUGAGGCGCGGGGCCAGCAGGCGGGGAGGGGGGGUCCUUGUAGACACGUACACUCACAUGUACACACGUGGCCACACGCAUGUGUGGGCGCAGCCAUCAGCCAGGCUGGGCUAGCUGCCCCCCUAUUUUCCCGACUGCAUGGAGACAGUAGAAUUAGUGAACCCCCUGAGUUAGCCCGUAAGGCCUUUGUAAUCUGCAACCUAGAGUUUAAGAAGCUUCUGCUGUUUCGCCGGAAUGGGCGGUGAGUGGGGAGGGCUGGGUGGGUUGGGGGUCGGGAGGAAGCGGCUGGCCGUCUCGGGCCUCCAGCCAGCACACACACGCAUCGGGCCUGCUCCGCACACUCCCUGCCAGCUGGGCAGCCUGCUGCCCGUGUGCUCCCCUCUGCCCCGGCUGGAAGCGUGGGGACCAUCAGCUGCUGGGGGGGCAAAGAGCGCCCCUUCUUCCCCGCUGCGCUCCAGCGGCCAGGACUGCGGAGACUUUGGUCCCCGAGAGCUGUGGCUCUCUGUCCGUGCAGGCGCAUGAGCAGACGCUUUCUAUGCGCUUCCAGAACACGAGGGCUGAGGGCCGGCCAUGAUGGCCGGGGGGAGAGGAGGGGCUCCUGGCUGGGCCCAGACACCCCGCCAUGGGCCAGUGACACCAGGGAACUUUCUAGAUUGGUGGGGGCCCGCUUAGGGACAGGGCUUCUCAAUUGGCCUGGAACCUGAAAAUGGGCCCUGCGAUGCCUUUAUUGUUCUUUUUCUUUCUUUUUUAAUUUUGAUUUCCUGCCCCUCUUCUGCUUUCUUAAUUUGCGGGGGGGAGGGCUUUGGGGGAUUGGAGAGGUUUUGCUGGAUCCUGGUAUCCUGGGGCACCGGGCCUUGUGCCCACGGGCCCCAGUUCUUCUCGCAGCCAGGAUGAGGCCUGCCUCAAAGCCCAGGGUACUCGCUGCACAUUCCAUUCACCCAGCAGGGCCCCUCCCCCAGUGGAACUCCAGCAGGUCUCUGGAAGCCAUUUGUUUAAAAAAAAAAAAAAAGAAAAAGAAAAAAAAAAAGAAAAAAAUAG